CCCGGCUGCGAGAUGCCCUGUCCUUUUGUUCUAACAUGACUGGCCAGCAGCCAGCGGGGCCCUUGGCCGUCCUGGGGCCCGUAUGGCCACAUCAGCUAAUACUCCAUUGUCACGGAAAACUUUCUGGAGCUGAGUUGAUUGUCUAAGCGGCAUCAAUCUCACACAGUGGAGCAGGGCAGAGUGUGACACCUGUCCCCGCAGCCCACAAGCCUGUGGGCUGCGGGGACAGGCGCUGCUGGGGGUGGUGUUUUUUUUUUCCAGGCUUGGCUCACUGGCUUUCUCCUUGACUUGCCUUGGGUGCCUAAUGGAUAUGGCUGCGGUGGAAGCCCGCUCUUAAAGAUACCCUUACCAGAUAUCCAGAGUCAGCUGUUUAUGUGUUUAACAGCGUCCAACACCUGUUCACAUACUCUGUUCUCAUUGGUUGAGGCGUGAUGCAUUAUGAAGCUGGCUUUGCUAAUCACUGGCAUGGAACCUGGAAACUAAGUUGUUUUGUGUGAGGCAGCAGACAGCGUUUAUUCCUCUUACUUUGAUCAGAUUUCAUUUUAUUUUAGUGUUAACAGGAGUAGCUUGUCUCCAGCAAUUGUAUAGGUGGGGCGAUAUGGUUGUAUUUAGAAAUCUGUGCUUUAGCUCGCUUCAUGACCGAGUAACAAACGCCAAGUGUUUGGCUGUGACCUUACUCUUUGUCUUAUCAAAUGAAGCAUGUGAUUUUAUUCAAACAUUCCGUUUGGAGGCUCCGCUAGGCGUGUGAUACACAAGUUUCCCUCAACCCUCGUUGCCUUUGCAAUAAAGCGGUCAAUCAGCAUAUUUGCUUUGUGCCUUUAAUUAAGUUAUGGUUUGAUGUGGGCUUUUUAUGGUUUGUUACAAAGUUCAGGCGGAAACGAUGAUGGGUCUGAUCGCUCAACUGGAUUAGAUAUCUGUUUGAUGUCAAUUCUUGGGUGAUCUGCUUGUGUUUGUCUCUUCCCUGCCUGGUAUUUUUUUUUUUUUUUUUUUCUUCAUAGCAAUAUUUGUAUGUAAUAUAUGGGUAGCUCUCCUGAAUAUUUUAACCGUAGUAGAUUUUUCCGCAUUUUCCUGGGUCGAUCAUAUUGCCUGUCCUGUGCUCGUCAAUGACUGGUGCAGCUGCAAAGCAAACGAGGACUAGAUAAUAUUACCGUAACUGUACGCCAACCUUUCGGGCUUACUAUGUAAGACAUGACAUCUUGCCAUGCAUGAAUAGACCCUCUCAGCCAGCCAGGACUUCGUCCAACGCAGUGGGCAUGUCAUCUGAACCAGUAAUAAAUGACCGGAGGAUUAUUCUGCCUGGGAACAGACAAGACAAGGUUUCCUUUCGUGCUCGCAUGGGAAGAAAUCUUCACCUAGAUGACCGGAGACUUGGACGUAAUACGCUGCUGCCGUUCCCAUCCAGUGUCCCUACCAAGAAGCAUUAGCAGAGUCAUCGCGGUUACCGCCGCUGGCACACCCCAGCCGAGCGAGAGCGGUGGAGGGUCUCUCUGCCCCCUCCUCUCCUCCAUUCUUCGUUCACAUUUUCUUUCUCUCUUUCUUUCUCUGACUCUGUCUCCGUGUGUGUGUGUGUGUGUGUGUGCGUGUGUGAUUAUGUGUGUGCGUCCCCUUCGGGCGAGCUGUUUGUGUCCAUCCCUUUCUCUCUGCCUCCAUCUCUUGCUUUACCUCUCUCGCUCCAUCUCUCUCUCUCUCUCUUCCCACCCUCUCUCUCUCUAGCUCGCUCUCCCUCACUAGAUUAUACAUCCGCCGAGGCUCUGUCCCUCUCUCUCCCUCCAAAGUCUCUGCUGCAGCCACGUCUGACGCAGGCACUACUCUUUGGCAUUUUAAGUGCAGGCUCGGGAUGUCGUAAUUAUCGCGGCUCAUGCCUUCCUGAGGGGCGAUUGCGGUUGGAAAAAUGAAGAGGUUUAUGGCCCUGGUGUUGCGCGGGCUGGUCAAUAUUUCCAAGGAGCAUCCUAUCUGGGGGAAGGAGCACCAGCGCUCCCCCAAAAAGGCGAAGCGACGAAAGCGGAGGAUGAUCCUGACGGUGUACCUCAGCGACGGCGAGCAGUCCGUGACUGAGGUCCCCAUCACGCCCGAGACCACGUGCCGCGAUGUGGUGGAGUUCUGCAAGGAGCCGGGAGAGAGCGGCUGCCACCUGGCCGAGGUCUGGAGAGGCAACGAGCGAGCCAUCCCCUUCGAACACAUGAUGUACGAGCACCUGCAGAAGUGGGGCCCCCGAAAGCAGGAGGUCAAGUUCUUCCUCCGCCACGAAGACUCGCCCGCGGAGAGCAGCGACCCAGGGAGUCAGCAGUCUCAGGACCAGAGCAGUCGUAGGAGUGGCAGCAGCAGUGGAGAGAAGCACAACGAGAACGGGGUGGGGAGCCAGCGCGUGGAGCUCACCCUGUCCGAGCUGCAGGAGAUGGCGUCCCGGCAACAGCAGCAGAUCGAGGCCCAGCAGCAGAUGCUUGUCGCCAAGGAGCAGCGGCUGCGCUACCUGAAGCAGCAGGAGUCGCGGCAGCAGCAGACGGCGUCAGAGGGCGAGAAGCUGCAGAGGCUGAAGGAGCGCGUGGAGAACCAGGAGGCCAAGCUGAAGAAGAUCCGCGCCAUGCGGGGCCAGGUGGACUACAGCAAGGUCAUCAACGGAAACCUGUCGGCGGAGAUCGAGCAGGUGAGCAGCCUGUUCCAGGAGAAGCAGUCGGAGCUGCAGACUGCCGUGCUGCGGGUGGAGCAGCUCAGCCUGCAGCUGGAGGAGCUGCGGCGGGGCAAGCUCAACGGCCUGCAGGCCCCGCUGGGGGGCCCAGUCACGGGCACCGCCGCCCUGGAGCUCCGCAAGCUCUACCAGGAGCUCCAGAUCCGCAACAAGCUCAACCAGGAGCAGAACAGCAAGCUGCAGCAGCAGAAGGAGCUGCUCAACAAGCGCAACAUCGAGGUGUCGCUGAUGGACAAGCGCAUCAGCGAGCUGCGGCAGCGCCUCCACAAGAAAAAAGCUGAGCUGAACAAGGCCAACGGGCCCCCCUCCCCCCAGCCUGGGACCCUGGGUCGAGUGGCAGCCGUGGGGCCCUACAUACAGGUGCCCGUUCCGGGGCAACAGCAGGGGGGCUACAACAUGCCUCCGGACCCUCUGAAGCCCCAGACGCUGGGCAUCAACACUCAGCCCCCCCACGGCCGCAGCAAGUCGGGGGUCGAAGGCAGCGUGCGAAAGCCCGCCAGCACUUGGAAGGUCUCCGAUUUAGACAUCGUUGUGGACCCCGUGCCCGGGUCUCCACCCGCCACCCAGCCCGCCCCCGCAGGCUCCGAUGGGAUGCCCCCGGUGGACACCGGCUGGCCCAGCAAGGGCCCCUCGACCCUGAAGCCCCCCGACCGGAGGGACUCCGGGUCGGACGUCCAGGGCAAGAGCCCCACCACAGGCUCGCCCGGCGGAGACAAGGUGCUGGACUCUAAAGUCUCCUCCCCCGCCUCCUCCAAACCCCUGCCCCCCCCCUACGGCUCCCACCACACCACCACCUCCCCGCCCUCCGCCCCCACCCUGGAGCGCCGCAAGGACGUCCCGCCGCCGCUGCCGCCGCCGCGGCCCAACCCCAACCUGCCGGCCCCGGCCUGGCCCCGGGGGCCCCCCGGCUCCGGCUCCUCGUCCUCGGCCACCACCGCCUCCUCGUCCUCGUCCUCGCAGCAGAUCCAGCAGCGCAUCUCGGUGCCGCCCAGCCCCACCUUCCAGCAGCCCCUCUCCCCGCUGUACCCCCUGGGGCUGGGCGACCGGCUGGAGGCCCCCCAGGCCAUGGCCGUGCGGCCCUUCCUGCCCGGCGACCGGGGCUCCUCGCGGCCGCAGUCGCCCCGCAAGGGCCCGGCCACCAUGAACUCCAGCUCCAUCUACCACAUGUACCUCCAGCAGGCGGCGCCCAAGGGCCAGCCGCCCAAGCCCGCGCUCAAAGCAGUGUACGGUAAGCCGUUGCUGUCGUCCUCCAGCUCCACCCCGCCCUCCCCGCUGCCCUUCACGGCGGCGGGCGGGGCCUUCCCCGCGCUGCAGCUGCUCCACCACGGCGACGACGGGCUGGACCCCGGCCUGGACGAGCUGGAUGGCUUCCGGCCCCUGGACGGCACCUCGGCCCCCCCGCCCAGCGUGGACCACAUCCCGCGGCCCCUGAGCCCCACCAAGCUCACGCCCAUGGUGCACUCGCCUCUGCGCUACCAGAGCGACGCCGACCUGGAGGGGCUCCGCAAGAAGCUGGCCAACGCGCCGCGGCCCCUCAAGAAGCGCAGCUCCAUCACGGAGCCCGAGGGACCCUCGGGGCCCAACAUCCAGAAGCUGCUGUACCAGAGGUUCAACACGCUGGCCGGCGGCAUCGAGGGCGGAGUGGGCGGCGGGGUCGGGGCCGGCGGCAGCCCGGGCAACGGGACGCCGUUCUACCAGCCGGCCCCGGGCCCCCGGGGGCCCGACUCGGACAACGGCAACGCCCCGUGCGACACGGAGCUGCAGCCGCCGCCGCCGCCGGGCGUCGCCGGGGGCGAGGGGGCGGGGUCCGAGUCCCCGCCCCUGGCGGCGGACGCCAACGACAACCGAGGGAGGAUGCUGGAGUCGCCGGCCACGGUGAAGGAGGAGCCGGACGAGGAGGAGGAGGAGGAGGAGGAGGAAGAGGAGGAGGACGACAACAACAACAACACCCUGGGGGGGGGCGAGCCCCUACUGCCCAGCCCCGUGCCCCAGGUCAGCUCGCCGGAGGAGUGCGCCGCCGCCGCCGCCGCCUCACAGGCGCUGCUGGAGAAGCGUACGAACCUGAAGAAGCCCAACUCGGAGCGCACGGGCCACGGCCUGCGGGUCAAGUUCAACCCCCUGGCCCUCCUGCUGGACGCCUCGCUGGAGGGGGAGUUUGACCUGGUCCAGCGAAUCAUCUAUGAGGUGGAGAACCCGAGCACGGCCAACGACGAGGGCAUCACCCCGCUCCACAACGCCGUCUGCGCCGGCCACCACCACAUCGUCAAGUUCCUGCUGGACUUCGGCGUCAACGUCAACGCCUCGGACAGCGACGGCUGGACGCCGCUGCACUGCGCCGCCUCCUGUAACAGCGUUCACCUCUGCAAGCUGCUGGUGGAGUCGGGCGCCGCCAUCUUCGCCAGCACCAUCAGCGACGUGGAGACGGCCGCCGACAAGUGUGAGGAGAUGGAGGAGGGCUACAUCCAGUGCUCCCAGUUCCUCUACGGCGUGCAGGAGAAGCUGGGCGUGAUGAACAAGGGCACGGUGUACGCCCUGUGGCAGUACGAGGCGCAGGGGCCCGACGAGCUCAGCAUCACCGAGGGCGACGCCAUCACCGUGCUGCGUCGUCACGACGACGCCGAGACGGACUGGUGGUGGGCGCGGCUCGACGACGGCGAGGGAUACAUCCCCCGCAACCUCCUGGGGCUGUACCCCAGGAUCAAGCCCCGGCAGCGGUCGCUGGCGUAGCCCCCGCGUCCCCCCUCCAGUGAGCCUACGAACAAACAGACGCCACGCAAGAGAAGCGAGCAGCAAACAACGAACAAACCCCCCCCAGAGCCACGAACAAGCGAGCCCGGCGCUCGAUCUCCCUCCCUCUCUCUCUCUCUUUGUUUCUCUCUUUCUCUCUCAUGCUCUCUCGCCCUCUCCGUGUGGCCUCGCCCUGCCCUAAACGCUUACGUUUUUUUUGUCCUUCGCAAACCUCCACUUGACAGGACAAAGGGGCGAGCGCUUGACACAAACUCUCGACACGUGUUGAUUGACAGCUAGGCACAUGAGCAUGCCAGCGUGUGGCCCUCAGACACACGCCAAGUCUCACACACACACACAAACUCUCACUCUCGCACUUCAAACCCCAGGCGCUCCAAAUGUGAACGUCCUUCCCUAACCACUCCUCCUUUUAACCACUCCUCGCUGGACCGCCGACUUAUGUGUGUGCGUGUGUGUGCGCGUGUGUGUCCCAGCGUUGGUUGAUUAUUUAAUUUUUUACCCUAACUCGCCGUUAAUUCUGUAUCUGACGUCCCGUUGAAGAAUAAAACACUAACCUGUGUCACGGUGUCUCUGGCUUAGUGCUCAGCCGUCUACGGACCCCCACUCCCCCCUCCCACCCACCUUACCCUACCCUCCCACCCUCAGGGUCGUCUGGACAAUAUGAAGCCUGCUGAUUGGUCAAGUCAGGUGUACAUCACGGUGCUACGCUGUGAGUGGGGGGGAGGAAGAGGAGGGCGGGUCAGAAGACAUUUCACAGGAUGGGAGAGAUUUGCUUUGAUGUUGAGGAGGCGAGUGAGAUCAUUUUACUGGACUUCUGAACUGGUGUGGUUGGUCUUGCUGGGAAGGAACUUCUCACGGUCUCUGCUGUGUCACUGCGCACGUGUGCUGUUUCUCCAAGCCACCGGAAGGCGAUUUAGCUUUGAAUUUUUAUUUGAGAUGGCCAAUUCGAUUUUAUGGAAUGAUGAAGCGAGGGCGUUCUGUUAAUUAAAGCUGCAGUAUGAAAGGACACGGCACGUUGACUUUAAUGACAAGCCCUCGUUAUAGUAUUGUACAAAGUAGUCCCCCCUUCCCCCAGCCGAGGAAAUGAAAACCCUUUAAUCUAUGUACAAACCAAAAUGAAAACCUGCUUGGUCCAGUCUGGCCAGAAAACAAGUAAUUAUAGGAUUUAACAUUUCAUGAUGAACUCGCCAAAUCCCGUUAAUCCCAUUUCAUGACCGCAGUCGCAAAACUCGAUGCUCGCUUCUGUUUCCAUCAAGUCAACCCGCUGCCAUCGCGUUAGACACAAUGUCUCACAGCGGGUAAGGACUUCGGAUGAAUCGAACCACCAAUGAAUUUGAGCGGCGGUUUCGCACUCUGGGACGCAUGAAUCACAGUGUCUGGGUUUUUUGAAAACUGUAUUUUUAAAUCGAGUCCAUGGGCUCCUGUAUUGCAUUGCCCCCAUGCUAUUGGAUGACGUUCAUAUUUGUAACGACCAAAGGUAAAAGCCAAACGGAUUAAAAAGUGUCUUGAUCUAACGAGGAGUGUACACAAAUGCGUUACAAUGUUCGGUUUACUGAUUAUUAUUUUUUUAUGCAGUCUGUAUAUGCCCUAAUCUGUUUUAAUGUUUAGUUCAAUGAAUCUGUUGUGCAUUUAAAACCACUUUCAGUAUCCCAGUGUCCCGCAACUCUGGGGCCCUAACACAUGCUUUUAUUUUGGACGAAAUGCUUUUAUUCGAAGACGAAGGCAAGCACACGGGUAGCAGCAUUUUUAUUUAAUGAUUUUAAUGAAGGAGGCUGAAAACAUCAGGAUCCUAACUAUGUACCUCAGACACGGCACUGACUAAUUCUAAACAUUUCCUUUAAUUCACAGAAUACACAAACACACACACACACACACACAAUUUCACACAGUUUUCCCAAUGACUUAUCAACAAUUAUUUUGUCUCCUCCUGAAGUUGUAGUAUUCCCCAAAAAACUACAAAUUGUCCCUUCAUUCAGUUCUGUGUAAAAUAGUCCCUGCCCACUGAGGUGCAGCUCAAUACAGUUGCUCCCCAUUGUUUUUCAGUUACACCUUCCUUAUGGUUUGAACUGGAGCCAUGGGUCCUUUGACUACCCUCCGUAUGCCAAACAUCAGUAUUUGAACUAAGGGCUCACUCACUCCUGUACACCAACAGCGGGCCACCCAUUUCUGUCUUAUUAAAUGGGGCAAGCUAAAUGGGGCAAGCAAGUGUCACCGAAGCUGCUUCAGACAAUCCUGUGAAUAUCUCCCACCUCCACACUCCAAAACCGAUAUACCCCCCUUGCCCAAACCCGGAUGGAGAGUCACUCCUGCAGAAUGAAGUGGCCCCAGCUUUACUUUGACCUUUAACCUGUACAUGGGUGUGUGUGGACGAUAAAGAUGAUGAAAAAGAUACGUUUUUUGCAGUACGGACACAUGGAACACUGUACAACACUCGGUUCUGUAAAUGUUGAAUUAAAUAAAAUAAAAUAAAAAACCUGGAGCUCUUGGCAUGAUGAGA